AUGCCCUGCGCCCCUCCAUCCACGGCCGCGGCCACUCCAACUGGCGCCACCACAACACCGUGCGCCCGCGCGCCACGUCGUACACCCUCAAGGACAAGUUCGACUCGUCUAACAUUCUUGAGUGCGUCCCCCGAUCGCGACUUUACUUCCGCUUUACUGACGCGUCGCAACAGCGAGUUCGACUUCUGGCAUAGCGAGGACCCCACCCAUGGCAGUGUCAACUACCUCGGGAAAGACGAAGCCACGGAGAAGAAGCUCGCCUAUGUUGAUAAUGGUGUCGUCGUGCUGGCCGUUGAUGACACUACCUGGCUUCCUAGCGGUGGCAACCGUGACUCUGUCCGCAUUAGCUCCAAGGCAAACUACGAUAACGGCCUGUUCAUUGCCGACUUCGAAGCGAUGCCUUGGGGCUGCUCCGUCUGGCCCGCCUACUGGUCCAACGGCCCCAACUGGCCCGCCGGUGGCGAAAUCGACGUCCUUGAGGGCGUAAACGAGGCCACCACCAACCAGUACACCCUCCACACGUCCGAUGGCUGCUCCGCCUCCGCCGGCAACGCUAAGAUUACCGCGAACCUCGGUAACGCAAAGUGCGCCUCCGCCAACGGCGACAACGCCGGUUGCGCCUACUUCGAUACCGACAACCGCAGCUACGGCAAGGGCUUCAACGAGGCCGGUGGUGGGGUCUACGCGCACCUUAUCGACUCGACGGGCAUCAAGAUCUGGUUCUUCUCCCGCGGCGACGUCCCCCAGGACAUCACUUCAGGGAACCCGGACCCGUCGAGCUGGGACAGCCCCGCGGCGUUCUGGGCCACGGAGACAUGCGACAUCGCCAGCCACUUCUACUCGCAGCAGCUCAUCAUCGACACGACGCUCUGCGGCGACUGGGCCGGCAGCUCGUUCAACUCUGAUGGUUGCUCCGGCUCGUGCGCUGACACUGUUGCCGACCCGGGCAACUUCAAGAACGCGAAGUGGCGCAUCAACUCGAUCAAGGUGUACCAGGCUGGCGGUGACGGUGGUGACGACUCUGGCUCUGGCUCGUCCGAUGGCGCCUCGUCCACCGACUGGUGGAGCUCCGAAACCAUCAGCGCGAGCCUCGGCUUGACCAUCUCCGCCGGUAACGUGAACGCGCAGCCCACGGACUCGGUCGCGCCGACCAGCACCGCGUGGAGCUCCGCCGCGUCCGCGACCAGCACCGGCUCCCCGGACAACGGUGACGACGAAGACUGCGAUGAUGAGGAUGACGGCGAGGACGACACCGAUGGCGAGAACGCGAACGACGAGGACGACGGCGAGGACUGCGAUGACGAGGGCGACGAUAGCGCCUCCGGCACCGCUGCCUCCGCUGCCGGCGCCUCGUCCACUGGUACGGGCUCUGAGGACGGCGACGACUGCGAUGACAGUGAGGGCGCCUCGGCGUCCGCCACUGGCUCCGCCGCCGCGUCUUCUUCCACGUCAGUCAACAAUGGCGCCUCUUCGUCCAACAGCGGCUCGUCCUCGGGUAACAACAAUGAGGGCGACGACUGCGACGAUGAGGGCUCCGACGAUGGUUCCCGCGCCGCUACCAGCGGCUCUGCUGGUGACGCCUCAGCUACCGGCUCGUCCUCGGGCGCAUCCUCCACCGGUACCUCCUCCGAGGAUGAUGGUGACGACUGCGACGACGAGGAAGGCUCGGACGCGACGGCCACUGCUACCGGCACUGCCGCCGCCUCUUCCUCCUCGUCGACGGAUGGCGAGGGCGACUGCGACGAGGGCGAGUGGUCAUACUCUGCCUACCCGUCCGCGUCGGCCCCUGGGUCUGCCCUCCCGUCCGGUUCUGGGUCCGCGUUCCCAUCUGCAUCUGGUUCCGGUGCCGCGUUCCCCUCCGCCUCUGGCUCCGCACCUGGCGCGGGUUCCGGCACUGCCACGUUCUACCAGCCCAGCGGGUCUGCGUCUUUCGCGUACUCCUCAGCCGCCGCUGUUGCCUCGUCCGCCCCCGCCGCGACCACGUCGCCGGAGUGCACCGAGAGUGCCUGAUUCACUGGAGACCACGGCUUCUGAGGCUCGGUGACGGGUGCUCACAUUAAUCACCCGCCUUCGCCGGCCUCGACAUCUCGGAAGCUUCAAUCCAACUUCUCGGACGUCAGGAAGCCAAACACAUCUAUUCAUUCUCGGAAGGGCACCCAACAUCGACUCUAGCAAGGGCGCGCCCGUCUUAACGACUCUCAUCCACGCUCUUUAUCACGCACCCUCACCCUCCUCACGCACACUCACGACCCGCCUGGGGGCGCAAGGCUCCCACAUGGGCGCGCACACACAUAAACCACAUACAUUAACCUCACGUUGUC